AUGACGAGCGACUCGGCAAGGAACAGCUCAACUACGUCGCUUGCCCCACCAUUCACCAGGGAAUUGGCGAAUGCCAAAGUCAAGAAGGCUCAAGACCUGUGGAAUGGCCAGCUUGACAAAGUGAUGACAGACCUGAAGACGAUUGCCCAAGCAUAUAUUGUGAACAGCAUCUGGCGUAAUCAAUCGGUCUUUCUAGCAGAGCUAUUCGCCUUCAUAGAUGACAAGAUUGCCGUCCAGUUUUGGCGUGAAUACCAAGAUGCUCAUGAUAGCAUAAGGUGGGAGCGGUGCUACGGUCUCGAAGACUGGACGUUUGCGGAUGACGGCAAGAUGUGCAAGCGUCAAAUGAACGGUAAUGACAUCGAGAUCAAUGGAGAUGAUCGAUGGCUCAAGGAUGGCGUGAACGUCAAUGAGGUCGAGGUCAGUGAAGCGCACUGGUAG